GACCACAUCCUGAACGAUUUUAUGAACGGCUGACGCGGCGAUUGACCGACGUAAAAUUUGCACGAGCGAUUUCGAGGAAUGGUCAUAAAUGGAAAUGGACAUUUUUUGUAUGGCAAAGAAUCUAUUCCAAUGCAACCAUGGAAAAUAGUUGAUUUUGAAGGAUGCCUCUAUUAUGCCUUCCUUCCAACAAAUCACACGACAAAACUGGUAGAAGAAAAUCAACGUGAUCAGAAACAGGAAGUACAACAGGAGCAUGGCGAAAUGUUGAAAGUUAACGUUGAUAAUACAGAAAACUUUCAAAUUGUAAGUGAUAAUAAUACGACAUAUACGGACACGAACAAUUUUUACGCCAUAAAGGUGGAAAAUGAUAAAACAUUUUCAAUGGACGAGUCAAUAGCUACGGACGAAGACCAAUCGUACGUUGAGGAAGACAAGGUCUACGCUUGUGACGAGUGCAACAUUUGCUUUCCCGUAAUGCAGAUGUUAAAGUGUCAUCAGGACACGGUGCAUGAACAGAACGAACAAAAUGUUGAGAAUGUUACGUACAACUGUAUCUUUUGCAGCUAUGAGAGCACCAACAAGUCAACCUUGAAAUCGCACAUCAGCAGAAAACAUUCCACGAAACGCAUGAUCCGUGAAAAAGGCAAACUCAGAACAGUUAUUAAGCCACAGGAAUACUCGUGCGACACUUGCGGGUACAAGUGUCCAAGUCGACGACGGCUGAAGGAGCAUCUCGCUCGCAAACAUGGUUCCGACUACAAGUACGAUUGCGAGUACUGCGGCAAAAAAUUUAAAGUAAAGAGCGACAUGAGAUUGCACGUGCGUUUCAAGCACAAGGAGGCCCCGACAAUGUGCGACGUUUGCGGCAAGACCUGUUCUAAUAGCAAUUCGUUGUACGUACAUCAAAAAUGGGCGCAUUUUAAGCCCAAGUAUGAGUGCGAGAUCUGCAAGAGGCGUAUGGUUACGCAGGAGAAUCUGGAUCAGCAUAUACUGCUUCAACAUGAGCGUAGAGAGAGCUUCGUGUGCGAGGAGUGCGGGAAAUCGUUCUCGGAGAAUCACCGACUGAAACAGCACAUGAUGACCCAUACCGGCGAUCGACCAUACGACUGUCACAUCUGCGGCAAAGCCUUUGCGCGUAGGACUGCUUUCAGGCAGCAUUUGUUAAUUCAUACAGGGAAACGGCCGUAUGUUUGUGAUAUUUGUGGUAAAGCCUUCACGCAAAAGCCUGGAUUAAUAUGUCAUCGAAAAUCUCAUCCUGGAGUACAUCCUCCUUUACCAGUGGUGCACAUUGAUCACAUUAUCAAUGAUUUCAUGAAGAAGGAAUGAUUAUACAGUACAAAUAAAAAUCAAGCAUAAUCACUGUAUGUCUCACACAUUUGUUUUUAAAAUGCAUAGUUUUUUUUUAAAUUUUGGGGUUUCCAUACUUUUUCCUCACUCUGUAUAUUAAAAAUUUGAGAUUUUGAACAUUUACUUGUAUUGUCGACACUUUUAUACCUUUCAUUGACUAUCUCACAUUGAUUAAGUAAAUUAAUAUAUACAUAAUAUUUUAUUUGCUGUUUAAUGAAAUUUAUUGUUUCCGGAUUUUAAUAAAAAGGAUAAUUAUUGUCGAUAAUGUGAAAAAAAGAGUUUCAAGGGAAAGUUACUCCUAAGUUAAUAAUGAUUUGUUAUUGAUACAUUGAUACUUUUAUACUGAAAAAUUAUUAGGAAUAAUAUGUGUACGUACAAUCUUCAAAUAUACUUAAGUUCUUUCUUAUGAUAAAUGUAAUUAUUGUAUAAAAUAAUAUGUAUUGGCAGUAUAAGUUACAACAAUGUGAUAAACAGCAAAAUGUAUUUUAAUAAAAAUCUCGAUGAGAAAAAUUUAUUUGUA